AUGCCUUCUUCAACAGACGAAGACCAGAACAGCCCAAAGAAAAUCGACGAAAAGACUUCGUCGAGCGACAAGAAAAAGAGAAAGCAGAGAAAACGUAGAGAAAGCUACGGUCUGUAUAUCUACAAAGUACUAAAGCAAGUUCAUCCGGACACUAGCAUCUCCAGGAAAGCCAUGGGCAUGAUGAACUCGUUCGUCAACGACAGUUUCGAGCGCAUUGCCUUUGAAGCUUCACGCCUGGCUCUCUACAGCAAGAGAUCAACUUUAUCCUCCCGUGAAAUUCAGACCACUGUCAAACUGCUGCUGCCCGGAGAACUUUCCAAGCACGCCAUAAGUGAAGGAACCAAGGCGGUGAGCAAGUAUGAUCAAAUGUAA